UGCCGGAUCGGCCGAACUGCCUCUCGCCCGCUCGUCACCGUACAGCAGAUCUUGUGCGGUCUUCAUCGUCGUUCAUGGGCGCCAAGCUGUGCAGCUGGCAACCAAAUUCGCCCAAACGCUGCAAGACGCGACAAGAUCAGCGGAAAGAUCAGCCAGCGAUCAGCGAUAUCAGCGCUCAGCCUCGUCGGACGCUCAAUAGGGCUCGUCAGCAUGACCGUCACACUGCCCAUCGAUGUCCUCGGCGAGAUCUUUAUCGGGUUUUGCGCUUCCGCGUUCAGCCUGCCAGAUGAGGAGCUGCUCGAUGAGGGCGAUGCCGGCGCACGCACACUGGCGAAAUGUAUGCUUGUCUGCAAGGCGUGGCAACAGGAGAUCUCACGCAGCGUCUAUUGGCGUAUGCUGCUGCAGGGUCUCUUUCCGCGAGCCUAUGGAGAUCUGAUUGACCAAGCGAUCGACCUUGACACGCAAGCCGAAGCCGAAUUCAAGCGGCUUAUGCGCCUGAGAUCCGAGACCGACCUCUGCAUCGAUGCAGUCACAGCUUCGGGUACACUCCGAAUAGACGCCAUAAAGACGCUCCACCGUCUCCAGAGCGCUCGAACGAAGGAUGAGAUUAUGUACGCGUGUCUGCAGCACAAAUCGGUCACCGUCUCAGAGGAGAGGCGGAACCGGCCUGUCUUUCGUAGAAUGGGCCAGAACUGGUUGUCACGCCGCUACUGGCUCGACCAAAUCGUGUGCCAUCUUGCUCGCCAGCGGGUCUUUGACGUAUGGCAAAAGCUCAGCCAGGGUGGUGGCGAUCUCAUCGAAAGCGUCGCUGGCCUAUCUUGCAUGCUCGAGCCCGACUGCAAGUAUCUCAUGUCGACGUCGUUGCAGUCCUUGAAUGAUCUUGCGGCAGCGCUGAUCACCUGGCCGACUUUUGAUCGAGGCUCACCGGUUGAUGCUCAGAUUGUCGCUAUACAUGAAGUCAUGGUCCAACAUGGCUAUGGUCCGGCAGCGCCGGAGCACUACCAUGAUCUGACCAAUCACUUCCUUGGCCACAUCGCAGAUAAUAAGAAGACACUGCCAAUGACACUCGUUCUCAUCUUUGUCCACCUCGCGAGAUCGAUCGGUCUUUCCGCUUUCCCCGUGGGAUAUCCCGGUCACAUGCUAGCUGUCGUUUUCGAUGGUUCAAGUCGACACUAUGUCGAUCCGUUUCAGGGCACUCGCCAGCUGACAAUCCCAUCGCAAACUCUCAUAGACCGCCUACGCGCCAUGGGUGCAAGCGCAAACGAUGUCAAUGGUCUCAUCGCCCCAUCGGAUCCCGUGGACAUUUUGAUGCGCAUCUGUCGCAAUAUCAGAGUGUCUAUUCGACAAGCUCCCGAAGCAAGUCGUCAGCCCUCUGCAAUCUACAUCAGCUGGUGCAUCGAAGCUUUUCUCAGCACCAACGGCGUCGCUUACCUACUCUCGGAGCGAAGCGUAGGCUUUCUUGCCGAGCGUUGGCCGCUCGAUCUAUACUCUCUGAACCGGUUCGCACUCACUGCGCCCCCGUAUCGUCGAGCGGAAGCCCAAGCUCAGACGUCGAGGCUCGAGGCUGCCCUGCUCGAAACGUCUACGCCUUUGCGCCGUACCGCGGGCUCACCUGCGUACACUAUAGGCACAGUCUUCAGGCACAAGAAGUACGGCUAUACAGGCGUCAUCAUCUCUUGGGACCUCACCUGUCAAGCACCUGACCAGUGGCAAGCGCAGAUGCAGAUCCAUCGUCUACCACGAGGAGCCGAUCAGCCAUUUUACCAGGUGCUCGACGACAUGGGCCCUUUGGAUCAAGAUGGCAGUGCGAAUCGACAUCGAUACGUGGCCGAAGAGAACAUCGAGCCACUACUAGUAGAGGAUACCGCAGCAGUUCACAGACUUCUUGGUACUCAUCGUGAAUUGGGCAAGAUAUUCGACAGCAUCGAUCUCGAACAUGGUGUGACCCGUCUGGUUCCUGCGUACGAUACACUGCGAGACAGACCCGAUGAUGGCUCUGCCUUUCCUGGCCUCAUCAUAAAUGACAAUGCACUCGUUACACUCAAUACGCGACUACGAGCGUUGCACACAAAGCCAGCAUGAUUGCUCAGGACACUCUGCGGCCUACGACUGGGCCGCAUCUACCUUGCAUCGAUCGUCAAUGUUGUACUAUUCAAAGGACACGCUUCGCUGGAAGGCGAGCUCGACGCUUUUGGCGAUGAGCUCAACAAUCUCGGCGUAUUUGCCGGGGUCGCCAAUGAAGCGCCUCUACACGUAGUCUGAUCUGGCUGCUACCACUGGACAGCUUGCACUUACGCAUGGCGUAUGCGCAAGGUACGAGCCAUCCUCGACCCAGCGCGUUUGGGAGUUGAGCUCUGAUAAUGUAAGGCAAAAACGUCGG